AUCCCUCUGAAGGGCUCUUCAACAUUGUGUACGAACUACGAAGACAAACGCUUUUUGACACACACAAUGUAUGUGUAAGAUUUGUAUUUUAGGCACAACGAAACACAAGGUAGAAGGAUUCAACUAUUUUUGGAGGAUUAAACUCCUAAAAAGGAGAAUCGUUGAAUGGUGACAACAUGUCUCUUAUUCAACUGCUUUGCCUGGGGACAAUGGCAUCUGUUGCCAUAGCAACACUGACAGAACACGACUCCCACCAUGUCCUGGUGAGCAUCGACUGCUCAAUUGAGCACAUAGAGCGAGGCAUUGGUCUUGACUGCCAACAAGCUACACCCCCUGAUUUCCCUGAUUACCUUAAUGAGGAGUUCAUCACAGAACUCAAAGUGCGUCACAAGGACAUUCCGACAGUCAAACAGACUAUGUUCCAUGAAUGGAAAAACCUGCGAGAGGUUGAAAUCACGGGAUGUGGAGUGAAGUUUAUUGAUGCAGAUGCCUUCGUGACACUUGACAAAUUGGAACAUUUGAACCUUGAAGGAGUGAAAUAUUAUGAUAUCGACAUAGAUGUUGAGACUGGGAAACUCAAUAUGUCAGCAAUUGAUAUAACUUACAACAACAAGAUAACGUACAUCACAGCAGAACUAUUCAGCAAGAAUACAAUGUUGGAAACACUGAUUUUACGUAAAAACCAGAUUGCAGGGAUCGCAAAAGGGGCUUUUAUAAACCUGGAAAAUCUUGAACUGUUGGCUCUAGAUAGGAACAAGCUCACCGAAAUAUCACGUGACACAUUAAAUGGACUACAGAACCUGAAGGAUUUGGACUUGAGCUUUAACCAGAUAGAGAUGAUACCGAAUGAUGCAUUUUAUAGUUUGACAAGCCUCUUGAGACUCCAUCUUGGAGGUAACCCUCUGAAAGCUUUAACCAGCAUCCACCUCCAGCCGACCCCACAUCUUGAGGUCCUUGACCUGUAUCGCACACAGAUCACUGCGCUGGCAGACCCAUUACCUGACAAACUCAAAAUGAUUGAUUUUGGUAAUACUGGGGUCAUGAAUCUUAAGGACUCAUUCUUUGAGCUCCAGGAUCUGACCCACGUUGGCAUGAGAAAGAAUCCCUGGCUAUGUACCUAUGACAUCAUGAAGGUCUCCCGAUGGCUUUGGAACCAUCCAAAUAUUGUGACGUCCCAUGACUUAGAGUCAUCAAAAUGUGCCUCUCCUGAUAACCUAAAAGGUAUUCAGAUUGACAAGCUAGAGCAAAGACAUUUCCCAGAUGCUCGGCCACCACCAACUCUAGAUUCCAAGCCAAGCCAACGACCAGAACUAACGACAACUAUAAAACGAACUGAAGCUACCCAGCCAGAAAGAUCAACAGCACAUAAGUCAACCCACAACCAAGAAAGCUCAACACCAAGAAGGCCUGAUACAAUAACACCACGUAACUCUGAGACUAAGAACCCUGGGAAUAGACCUCCUCUGACCAACAACCCUGAGGCAGACUCUAGCACCACAAGCACUGGGAGCACAGCCCUGAAGGACAACUUACAAUACACAUCAACUGAAGCUCCAAACAACCCAAAUGGCCCUGAUGCCCAACAAGCCAUACAGCAAGAGAACAGUGAAUACCAUGGAUUGGCAGCUGGUACAAUCAUAGGAAUCAUAGUGGCUAUAGCUGCCCUGUGUCUGGUCCUGGGCGUUAUUGUCUACUUGUAUAGACAGAACCGUAAAUGGAGCGUAGAUAUGCCACAUAUCUACAUGAAGGAGGCACCCCCCAGUGACUUAAAACCUGUCCUUCAGAACAGUAGGUACCCAUACACUGGGUACACUAAUUAAUAGGGAUUGUCUCAAAAAGUGUGUAGGAUUACAUGUACACAUAAUAACUGUAUAAUGUACCAUGUGGUAUACAAAUAUUUCUAUAUAUGCAUUUCACCCACCCACUCUUCAUAAAAAAUAUUUAUAGUAGUCCAUACUUUUUAAAAUGAAACAAAAUGUUCUAAAAUGACCCUUGCAUUGUUUAGAUAAGCUAAUGACCUUUUACCACCAACUCACUAAACGUAAUUGCACAGCAUGUAAUAUUUGGUGCCUGUCUAUGAAUGUUUUUCUUAGAUAAACAUCUUCAUUUCUAAAUUCACAUCUCUAUAAAAUUUUUCCAGUGUAAUCUGUCUUCAUCUUACAACAUAUAGGACACACUUAUGGGUGGCAACUGAAAACAUACUCUUAUAUCACUGCACCGUAAUUAAUAAUUUCAUAGAUUUUAAUCUGUAAAUGUAUCAUAUAGAUUCUUUAAUUCAAUUAUCAAUAAGUAGUUUGCUGAUAUGCAAAAUGUAUUCUUGCUUUAUUGCCCUGAUCUAUAUACAAGUUUUCUAGAAUUACAUUACACUAUUAAACAUUUGUAUAACAAAAUUUACUUUUACCUGAGACAAUGCUCAAUAAAUCUUAGUUAAUUUUUGAAAGCCUUGUAUAGAAAAGAGUUCAAUUUUUAUCAUUUUAAAUAAACUGAUUAGAAGAAUGAAACAGUAUGUCAUAGCAUACAUUAAUAAAAACUUAAAAUUGCAAACCCACAAUUAUCCCAUAA